GUUGGAAAAUAUUUAAUAAUUUAUAGAAGAAAAUAAUAAUUGAAUUAAUACUGACCGAGCUAAUUGCAAUCGUUUUCUCCGCCAUGGAGGGUGCCCGUCCCCUGGUAACGGACACAGCUAGUAAACUAACGAAAUUCUCUACCCCCUUCUCCAUCGAGAGUCUCAUCGCUAACCACCACCAACAACAACAACAACAGCAGCAGCAGCAGCAGCAGCAGCAACAACAUCAAGAACACGAUCCUGAAAGAAGUGCACAAAUGCCAGUUCCCCACCCACAACGCGAACAGGAUGAGUUGAAUGCGCGCGCUUUGGUCGCAACAUCUGCCUUAGGACUGUCGAAUUUCCCUUUCUAUAAUCCCUGGCUACACGGUUACUUCGCACAGAAUCACGAUCGGUUGACUCAAUUGAUCUCCAGCGGCGCCUACCUGACAAAUUUCGCUAAAACAGAACAGAGUGUGCCAUCCGCAGCACCCCAAAUGGUGUCGUCAAGAAACGCUACAUCAUCACUGCCAUCUGCACAUUCACAACAAUCUUCGCAGGCAAUGGCUGUUGGUGGCAAUUUCACUGGCAACUCGUGUAAUAGUGAUCACACACGUAUGGUGGUGCCGUCGGUGGCCACGCAUAACCUGGAUCCAACACACAUGUCGGCGGCGCGUUUCCUCUUUAAUCCGUCGGAUGUGAAUUAUCGUGAUAAGCUAUUGUUAAGUACUUUCGGAGGCCUUGCGGGGGAGAAUCAUGCUUCCACAAAUGCGACGCAUGCAAGUCUCGCCAAUGGCUCCGGUGUAGAUCAACGGAACGGAAAUGUUGAUGGUGUGAUGGCUGAUGAUUAUGUGCAUAAUUUAACGGUACAUACGCGUCUACAAAGUCCCACGUCGAGUAGAAAUAAUAGUUCGGUACUAAAUGAACAGAAUGCAAGUGAUAUGACAAUGGUGGCUUCGUCCGCCUCCAGUUGUGGGAAUACGAAUAGUCGGGAUUCGUUAAAGUCGCAUACGUCUGAGGCGUUGCUGGAUGUUGGCAUGGAUGAUGAUUUCGACUGUAGCGGCGAUUCCUGCAGUGACAUUAGUCUUACAAUGUCACCGAAAAAUUACAGCACUGAUAUGGAUAAGAGCAGGGGCUACACACACUCGGAUAGCGAAGACUGUUCAGAUGAUGAAGCGACGAGUGGACAAAACGACUCCAAUAAGGAUAGCUCUAGUAAUUGUGGUGGUGGAAGCUCAAAAUCACGUCGUAGACGCACCGCUUUCACGUCCGAGCAGUUGUUGGAACUGGAGAGAGAAUUUCAUGCGAAGAAAUAUUUGAGUUUGACGGAGAGAAGUCAAAUAGCAACAAGCCUUAAACUCAGUGAAGUGCAGGUGAAAAUCUGGUUUCAAAACCGUCGCGCGAAAUGGAAGCGUGUCAAAGCCGGUCUAACAUCGCACGGUCUCGGUCGCGGCGCUGGCGGUGGCACGAAAAUAGUCGUACCCAUACCAGUGCACGUCAAUCGUUUCGCGGUGCGUUCACAACACCAACAAUUGGAGAAAAUGUGCCUGAGUGGUCCGAAACCUGAUCUGCGUAAGAAAGUGCCCACGGAGCUUAGUGGCUUUGAGAAAUUCAACGGUGCCAAUGGCGUGGUCGCUAGCCUGAGUAAUGGCAGCGCUGCUGGUGUUCUUAGUGCAACGGCGACGCCGGCAGCAUUAAUGGCGGCAGCGAAUAUGGCGGCCGCGGCAGCGAAUGGUGUGACGGCGGUGGGUACAUUGGCUUUAGCGCGGAGUAUUUAUUAAGUCGAUUCGGUUCAAUGCGCCAUUUGUUACACGCAAAUUAUGUGUGUACGAGUAUGUAUUGUAUAUUUAGUUCUAUGUAUGUUACUUUGAGAUUUUA